AUGGCUCGAGAGAUCCAACGAAUUCUUGUUCCAAAUGCAGAGAUAUCUGUACGCAAAUCUUCUCCUCUGGAUCAUCUAAAAAGCUGUGUUUACAAAAUAUUCCCAAAACUAGUAGUGUCCCGGACUGGAAGACGUGGUAAACGAGGGUUUCGAGGAUCUCCUGGAAUGCAAGGUCCGCCUGGAUUACCAGGUCCGCAGGGACCGAGGGGAGUGCCAGGAACAGCGCUCUCUGGAAAAUCUCCAUCUAUUGUCAAUUCACUUGCUCUUCCAAAAAUAACCAAAAGACCUCCAUCUGUUCUURUCACCAAAGAAGGCGAUAAUGUGGUCAUUCCGUCCAAAGCCUCUGGWUWYCCUAAUCCUAAAAUCUCGUGGUACAAAGACAACAAGAAAGUAGACGAGCGAUUCUAUGCAACUAGUGCUCUACGAAUAAGCAAUGUCAAGUUCGAAGACCAUGGGGUUUACUUCUUGAAAGCAAAGAAUUUCAUUGGUCAAGCAACAGCGAAAAUGAAACUUGUUGUAAAUGUUUCUCCACGAUUUGUGGUUCUACCUCCACUUUACGUCUCUGGUUAUGAAAGCUGGAACACAACCAUMACAUGCAAUAUAUUUGGGUUUCCUCCUCCGYGGUUCGAAUGGACWCGUGCGAGAAAAGCCAUGCCUAAGGGACGCCAUGUAAUGACUGGUAACAGCCUUGUUAUCACGAAUACAAGAAAAGAGGAUAGUGGACACUACAUGUGCAGRGGAAUCAAUAACCAAGGGAAUGUGUUUGCACUUGUAUUGCUCGAUGUUUAUUCYGUCAUUGCUCCGGUCAUUGUUCAAUCCUCGCCUAAUAAUGUGACCGUAUAUAAAGUCAUGAGCAACGUCAAAUUGAACUGUUCAGCUACUGGAUUUCCGCUGCCAACGAUCGAGUGGAGCAAAGAUGGCCGACAUUUAUCUGUAAACACUACAGUUCGCCAGACCAAUAAAGAAACUAUAGGCGAGUUUGUCAUUGAUCCGUUCAUGCCUCAAGACCAAGGAAGAUACAAAUGCUUUCUUAGAAACUACGAGAAUGGAACAGCCGAAACUACAAUACAAGUUUCCCUAAUGAGCUGUGGCGAUCCUGGAAAACCGCUGAAUGGCUAUCGCACUGGCAAUGAGUUUUGGGCCGGGAAUAUGGUUGUAUAUACUUGUGAUCCAGGUUACGAAUUGGUGGGACCAUCCAACCGACUUUGUCUGGAAAAUGGUGCAUGGAGCAACUCCAUUCCAUCAUGUAAGUUAUUUUUCCCUUUCUUCUAUCUGAUUUACACUAUAGCGUUUAAAAAAUGUUGCACGACAUGGACAUAUCGGAAAUACUGUAGAUUAUUUCCCAUUAGCACUGGAAAAAACCGCGCACUAUAA